UUUUAGUUAGUUGAUACUCAAUCACUGAUAUGAAUAGAACUAUUGUACUUUCUUCUUAUAAAAAAGGUGAAAGGUUUGAACCAAUAGGCUCUGUUAUAGGACUUACGUGUCGGAAACGGGCGUAAUUAACUCAUCGACGUACUGUGAUAGUGGAAUAAUCGUUGUGUAACUAGUAAUUUCUCUUUGUGAUCGCACGAAGUAUAAAAGUGAAUCGUUCAGCAUCCGGCACCGAAUACUUCCGAUAGUCUCUUGCCUGGUACACGGUCGCGUGAUGUUACUCAAAGUAGCAACUACUGUAACUCUUAUAGUGUCAUGCUUAGGCCAUGCACCGAUCUAUGACGAGCGAUCAUCAAACGAAGCCAUCUCAACUCAAAGUUUUAACCGAGAUGACAUACCUAUAUCUUAUAAAUAUACGUCAAUUCAUGUUUACUCGACACAAAAACCUAUUGAUGAAGACGAUGUAAUACGUCCCCAAGGACAACAUAAUUCAGAAUACCAUGCCGUACAAUAUGCUCCUUUGGUGGAAAAUACAACCAAAAAUUCCACUCGAUAUACCAAAGUUGUUGUAGAUCCGAAUAAUAUUGCCAAAGAACCAAGUACUAUAGAGAAUGAUAAAUUAGAACCACGUAAGCAACCCGCGAGUACUGGCGAUGUUGCGAAGGCAAAGUAUUUUGUAUCGGGACAUAAUAUAGAGGUAAAACGAUCUCCAAACCGAAAUGCAGGAUAUAACGCUAUUUAUCAGAGCCGUCCAGAGAACUUGAAAAGCACGCUUACUGAGAUAACUGAUUAUAAUUUGGGAGACUACGUGAAACCCCAAACAUCUAGUAAAGGAAAUGAACACACAAAAUCUUUUAGAGCUUUUAAAGAAUUAAAACAGGAACCGUUUGCCUGGAUGUUCGAACAUAAACCAAGACCAGAGAAAUAUGUGUAUUAUAAGGGAGAAAGAAAUGUACAACCAAAUAGGUUGAACCCACUUCCAUCACACCACACACAUAGGAUGCAAAUAAAUGUAGCUCGUAUUAAUGGGCAUGCGCAGAUUAUCGGUCGAGAGAUCAUCAUAGGCGACACAUUAAAAAACUUGGAGAAACCACAAAAGCAUUCUCAUCGAAAAGGAGCACUCGGACUAAAUGGAGAUCAAAGGACAUUAUUAUAUCCUUUACAUAAACGGCAGACAUAUUUAAAGUCGUAAUAUUAUCUAGAAAAUUUAUGUAAUAAAUUAAUAUAGAUAAAGAAAUAUUAUUUAAUGUUAUAUUUAUAAU